AUGGCCGGCCUCCUCCAUCCUCCUCCCUCCAUCAUCUACGCUCUUCCAUCACCGUCACCCCACCGACGGCCACCAAUCCGCCGCGCCACCACGAGAAUUAGAAACAGCAGCAGCAGCGUCAAGAGCGAGCCCUCCUCCUCCACCGUCACCACCACCAAAACCGCAACGACGGUGAAGCUGACGUACCUCGAGUUCAACGGGUGGCUGUGGGAGCUGGACGGCGGCCGCUUCCGGGUCCUCGUCGACCCCCUCCUCGUCGGCAACCUCGACUUCGGCAUGCCAUGGCUCUUCGACGGCGCCAAGAAGACCCUCCCCAAGGACGGCCUCCAGGAGGACCUCGGCGUCGUCGACCUGCUCCUCAUCACCUCGAGCCUCGACGACCACUGCCACCUCCGCACCCUCACCCGCCUCGCCGCCGUCUCCCCCGACCUCCCCGUCGUCGCCACGCCCAACGCGCGCCCCAUCCUCGCCGCGCUGCCCUUCGACGACGUCACCUACCUCGAGCCGGGCCAAUCCACCACCCUCGUCGGUGCCGCCACCAAGAGCGAGGUCACGGUGCUCGCCACCCCCGGCCCCGUGAACGGGCCGCCGUGGCAGCGCCCGGAGAACAGCUACGUCGUCACCUCCAGCACCACCGGAGAGGGCCAGCGCAAACACAGUGUCUACUACGAGCCGCACUGCAUGUACGACGCCGGCUUCCUGCGCGACCGCGGGCUGCGGGCCGACGUGCUCAUCACGCCCGUCAUCAAGCAGCAACUCCUGGCCAGCUUCACCCUCGUGUCCGGCCAGGAGGACGCCGUGGAGCUCGCCCGGCUGCUCGGCGCCGCCUACGUAGUGCCCAUGAACAACGGCGAGUGCGACGCAAAGGGGCUCCUCACCGCCGUCAUCUCCACCCAGGGCACCACGCAGGCCUUCAGGGACCUGCUCGCCGACGCGCUACCCGAAACGCAGGUCGUCGAGCCCACCCCCGGCGUCCCGCUCCACCUCCACGUCUACUUCGACGACGACAACUGA